AUGGCAGAUUUGGCGCCAGUGACAGAUUCAGAGCAUGACUCGAACAGAGGUCUUUGGAGACGCUGCACAAAGCACCUCAACUUCUAUCGGAUCCAUAUACUCGUCUUCACCUUCACACCUCUCUUCUUCUCCGUCAUCUUCUACCUCAGCAAUGGCGAAGUCAAGAUCUCCUACGUUGACUCUCUCUUCAACUGCGUCAGCUCUAUGGCCGUUUGCGGGCUGGCCACCGUGGAUUUGAGUUCUUUGACGCCAUGGCAGCAAGUUAUCUUGUUCAUACAGAUGUGCAUUGGGAACCCAAUUGUUGUUUCUUGGCUCAUUGUCUUUUCCCGCAAGCGCUAUAUCGAACGACGCUGCAGCAACGCCCUAGCAAGUUACAUAGACCAACGGGAAAAGGUUGAGAACGUUGACAUGAAGAAGCGCAGUCCUUGGGCACGGUUCAUGCGUUCUCUAGGCUUCCUCACACCGAAUCACUCUGUGAAUGACACGGACACUGAACUUGGAGAGAAGCCGAGAGCGGGAAGGUCGAUAGACCCGGCCAAUAUUCGACGCCUGGAAGCAGCACCUCGCCCUGUGAACCCGAGUGGACAAUAUACGGACCAAGACGCCUACGCUAUCGAAAUCACGCCGCCCACUGAGCGCAAUUCACCAGUACCUCUAUCCCGGGAAAGCACUCCCUCUUCGUCUAGCGCCGAAAGCUCCACCGGAAAGCGGAGCCAGUUUGAUGACUAUGAUGACCCUACCGCUUCUGAGGGUCCAGGGCUCCCUCGCACUGUGACAUUCCAAGAGAGUGAAGUGACAUCGAGAAUUCGCCAUCGCACGGGGAAAUACAACGAGGGGGACGACAUUGUGACUGAACACCUUCGUUCCGAAGACCCUGGGACGAGGCAAUCUAGUAACCAGGGAAUCCCAAGAACGAUGACCCACCAGUCCACUCGUCCAUCGUUGCGGACCUAUACAACGAAUGUCUCUGUUAUCUCUCAGGCACCUCGUAAGAACCAAGGUUUCGGUGGUUUCCCUAUGCCUUGGACUGUGCUCUCGUCGCUCUUCCAUUGGCUGUUUCCUGACCUUGGAAGGAAGCUGCACCGCACUAUAACGAUGCCCGUUACCGCAACUAUAGCCUCGGGGGCGGGUAGCACCAAGCCAGGACCUUCGUAUAUCAUUCCGGACGACGAGCCUGUUAUAGUUGGCAAGAACUCUGAUGUGCAGGCGAGCAACAGCCAAUUAAAGAACUUGGCGUACCAUGAAUAUAAAGCAUUGAUCCUCCUGCUUUGGAUCAUUGCAUUCUAUCAUGUCGGAGUCCAGCUCAUCGGGUUCGCCAUUGCUGCGCCCUAUAUCUCGACAUCCCGCUGGAAGGAAGCUUUCGUGCCGCCCCAGCUUGUCAGACCCGUCAACUCUGUCUGGUUCUCCGCCUUCCAAACCGUAUCUGCUUAUACUAACACAGGAUCCUCACUCGUCGACCAAUCUAUGCUACCAUUUCAAUCUGCUUACGUGCUCAUCCUGGUCAUGAUCUUUCUCAUUUACGCUGGCAAUACUUGCUUCCCAAUCUUCCUUCGCUUCGUCAUAUAUUGCCUAUGGAAAUUGACAGGGCCAACGAGCAGGGUCGGCCCGACUCUCGAAUUUCUCUUGGACCAUCCGCGUCGCUGCUACAUCUACCUCUUUCCCUCGCACCAAACCUGGUUUCUAUUAACUGUUGUGAUUGGCUUGACACUUCUUGACUGGAUAUUCUUCCUUAUCCUCGACAUUGGAAAUGCUGUUUUGGACGAAAUCCCCACCAACAUCAAAGUCUUGGAUGGGUUCAUGCAAGCCGUUGCUGUUCGGGCUGCAGGCUUCUCCAUCGUACCUCUUGCGGCCAUCGCUCCUGCUGUCAAGGUUCUGUAUGUUGUCAUGAUGUACAUCAGUGUCUACCCCAUUGCUAUGAGCGUUCGGUCCACCAAUGUUUACGAGGCCAAUUCGCUGGGGAUCUUCCCUGAACUCGAAGACGAGGAGGAAAAUGAAGAGAAUUUCAAUAACCAGGGACCUCGUGUUCAGGUCUGGGGUCGCUAUCUUAUGAUGCACAUUCGCCAACAGCUCUCGUUUGACAUGUGGUGGAUUGUGCUCGCAAUAUUCUUGAUAUGUAUUGUCGAGUCCGGCAAUUUGCAAGAUCCUGCCAAAUCUGAAUGGUUUACCAUCUUCAACCUACUAUUUGAACUCGUUUCUGCCUAUGGCAUUGUGGGGUUGAGCCUGGGUAUACCAGACGGCAACUAUUCCUUCUCUGGUGCUCUCAGGCCGUUGUCCAAGCUGAUCAUCUGUGUCGUGAUGAUCCGUGGACGUCACCGGGGUCUUCCUGUCGCCAUUGACCGAGCAGUGCUGUUCCCCAAGGAAUUCCGUCGGGAACAGCUUGGCGCGGACAACUUUGAGGAUGGAGUGUCUCUGUCGGGCCUCACCGCUAGUAUGGACCAAGACCAGGACGCUGCAUCCACCGGCUAUAGUCGCUCUCGCCUCUCGCGCCACCGAACCUUGUCGCAGACGAUAUCCGUACAACGAUCACCGACACAGGUCUCCAUCCAGCUUCCAUCCAAAGACCUAACGCAUUCUCCGCAAGUGCACUGGGACAAUCCCAGCCCACGGGUGGCCCGCCAGUCUUCCCGGCAGUCGAGACAGGCCGACGCUAUCUCAGAGAUCACCCCAUCUUCAUCGAACUCCACCGAGGCUCGUAUAGGAAGGCAAGGUCGUCCGGCACGCCGUUCUACGGUCGACUCUGCGAAAUCUACACCAUAUUAA